GCGAUGCUGAUGUUUCUCUCUCCUCUCUCUCUCUCUCUCUCUCCGCUGCAGGUCCCCCAUGGGCCCCCCCUUUGGUGGCGGUGAGUCAGCCGGGCCUCCUGACCCACUCCUACGGCCUGCCGCAGCCCCCCGCCUACAGCCAGGGGGUGUCCGUCCAGUCGCCCAUCAUCGGGGUCACCCCGUCCAUCCAGACCGCCAUGCCCCACCACCCCACCCUCGUCAGCGCCGCCCAUUUCCAGCUGCCCCCCCGCUCCGCGUCCUCCCAGCACCCCCCUCCCACCAGCCUGCUUAUGAGCAUGACCAACCCGCCCCCCCACUACACGGGCAGCCAGCCCCCUCUCACCACGCCCGGGCCCGCCACGCACCCCUCGCCGCACCGCGCCACCCUCAUGGGCAAUGGUCACCACAUGACCCCACACCCGCUCAUGCCCCCGCCCACCCUGCCCGCCGCGGCCUUGCCCCUGACCAACGGACAGACGGCGCCCCCUCCGUCCUCCGCGCCUCCCACUGCCGCCGGCAACAAUGCGGCUACCCAGGACGCACGCAACGGCCUGCAGAUGCUGAGAACCGUCGGCAUGGGGAAGUACGAGUUCACCGACCCCGGACACCCCAAAGAGAUGCUGAAGGAGCUGAACCUGCAGCGAAGAGCGAAAGAGUUUACAGACCUGAAAAUUAUAGUUGAAGGCAAAGAGUUUGAAGUCCAUCAAAAUGUUGUAGCUUCCUGCAGCUUGUAUUUCAAGGACCUGGUCAAAAGGUCGUCAGGGGAGACGCGCUGCGGUGAGAAGCUGGAGCUGCGAAUGAGCAGCAUCAGUGCGGAGGUGCUGGAGCUGCUGCUGGAGUUCGUCUACACCGGCUCCCUGGUCAUCCACGCCGCCAACGCCAAGACCCUUCUGGAGGCGGCCAACCGCUUCCAGUUCAACACCUUCUGCAAGGUCUGCGUGUCCUUCCUGGAGAAGCAGCUGACUGCGGGGAACUGCCUGGGAGUGCUGGCCAUGGCAGAGGCCAUGCAAUGCACGGAGCUCCACAGCAUGGCCAAGGCCUUCGCCCUGCAGAACUUCCCCGAGGUGGCCGGCCAGGACGAGAUCCUCAGCGUCUCCAAGGACGACCUGGUCAGCUACCUGUCCAACGACAGCCUCAACACCAAGGCCGAGGAGCUCGUCUACGAGACAGUCAUCAAGUGGAUUAGAAGAGAUCCCGUCUCCAGGGUACAGCAUGUGUCUGAGCUCCUGGCAGUGAUCCGUCUGCCCUUCAUCCACCCCUCCUACCUGCUGAACGUGGUGGACAACGAGGAGCUCAUCAAGUCCUCUGAGGCCUGCCGUGACCUGGUCAAUGAGGCCAAGCGCUACCACAUGCUGCCGCACGCGCGCCAGGAGAUGCAGACGCCCAGGACCCGCCCGCGGCUGUCCGCAGGUGUGGCGGAGGUGAUCGUGUUGGUGGGUGGGCGCCAGACCAUCGGGAUGAACCAGCGGCCCCUGACGGCUGUCAACUGCUUCAACCCCCAGAACAGGAAGUGGUACCCCCUGGCCAGUCUGCCCUUCUACGAGCGCGAGUUCUUCAGCGUCAUCUCGGCCGGGGACAACAUCUACCUGUCAGGCGGUACGGAGUCCGGUGUCAUGGUGUCGGAUGUGUGGUGCUAUAUGUCUCUGCUGGACAACUGGAACCUGGUGUCGCGUAUGACAUCACCACGUUGUCGUCAUAGCAGCCUGGUGUAUGACGGUAAACUCUACGCCAUCGGAGGACUGGGCGUGGCCGGAAACCUGGAUCACGUGGAGCGGUACGACACUAUCACUAACCAGUGGGAGACGGUGUGUCCGCUGCCCAAACCGGUCCAUUCAGCGGCAGCCACGGUGUGCGGGGGGAAGGUGUACGUGUUCGGGGGGGUCAACGAGGCCGGACGCUCGGCCGGAGUCCUGCAGUCUUAUGUGCCUCAGACUAACACCUGGAGCUUCAUCGAGUCGCCCAUGAUCGAUAAUAAAUACGCUCCAGCAGUGAGUCUCAACGGCCUGGUCUUCAUCCUGGGCGGAGCCUACGCCAGAGCCACCACCAUCUACGACCCAGACAAGGGCAACAUCAAAGCAGGACCCAACAUGAACCACUCCAGACAGUUCUGCAGUGCAGUGAUUCUGGACGGUAAGAUCUACGCCACGGGCGGCAUCGUGAGCAGUGAGGGCCCGGUCCUGGGCAGCAUGGAGGUGUUCGACCCGAGCUCCAACGCCUGGACGCUGCUACAGAACCUCCCCUGCCCCCUCUUCAGGCACGGCUGUGUGGUCAUCAAAAAGUACAUCCAGAGCGGCUGACCUCCCCCCAACACACACACACACACACACA